ACACACCACGCUGUCGGAAAUCGUUGGAGUCUUUUGUUGCAUCAAGAUACAGCAAAGAGAAGACUGCUCAAUCAGCAUUAUUUGUCAAAUUUGAUGAAGUAAACUCAUCCUUAAAUUGUCAGUGGGAAGUAAGAAAUAAAGGGAAUUUUUCUUAGAAAUGCAAUACGCAAAUGAUGGGUGGUACGAAGAUCGUGGUGCAUUCGUGAUCGUUGAUUUGCACUUUGAAGAUACACUACAGACAGCAAUCGUACCUGAUUUCUGGCUAAUUAUUGAAGAAGGUCAACUGUUUUGUAGUUACCCCCCUGGUAACAAAACAACAAUAACCCCAAUAAAAAUGAGGCAUGUCCAAGACGAUACUUGGGUGACAUAUCCAGCUACUUGGAGAAGGGAUUACGAAUCUUACUCCAAAGCACGGAAAGAUUUGCCAAAUGCUGUUCAGUAUACUGACUUUGCAGAAAGUGAUAGCGAGUCACAACAAAGUAAAGCAGUCAGUAGUAAAACUGUUCGUAGAUCUUCAAGAUUUAAGAGGAAAAUAUCGUCAGAUGAAAGUGACAGUGGUCAUGAAACAUUGUUGUCAAACAGACCCUCACCUCCUCGUUCUCUGGGUUAUGGUUUGCUGAGUCGUGACAUUGAAGAACCCCUUGAUGAUGUCGGACAACAUGCACAGAACCUUAGUGAUGAAGAUGAUGAUCUGGAUUUGAAUUUGUGUUCUCCGGCUCUUCCCCGGGCCAAUGAAUUUCCUCCUGAAGACGACGACCCUUACAACAGCAACAAUGAAUCGUCUGAUGAGACGAGUGAAGAAGGGGUAGAAGCGGACACAUCAAUUCUAAUGGGAGGCUUCUAUACUUCAACUCAAAAAAUUACUGAAGAUGUACCGGAAGGCGUUGAUAACCGCCCUAGAAGAGCUCAGAUUGUGAAGGACAGUCUUGGUAGUAGCGAUAAACGAAGCACUACGACAACAUAUUCCUUUAUUAGCCGGACUGAAGCCGCUCCUAUGGAACCUCCCCUUAGUGGUAGCGCUAUUAGACGCAGUUCAUCAGGAGCUCUUGUACCAAUUUCCCUUGGUAAUAGUGCUAGUAGGCGUAAUUCUACAACGUUGGCAUCUGGAAGCAAAAACACAGCAGCUACUUAUUCACAAGACAAGAAUGCUAGCAAACGAAGUACAACAACCUUAACAGCUAGUGGCCGCUAUCCAGCACAUCGUCCACCACAUGUGCUUAGUGGUCGUGAUAAUCCACGCUUUGUAAAACCGUUGCCUGGUGGUGGCCGUUCUUCAGCAGAUUCCAUUCAACCUCCAAAUGGUAGCAGACCUACUCAUGGACAGUCGGCUGGUGUUAUCCCAUCAACAGCACUUAUGUCACACGACAAACCAGGAACAAAUGCUAAUCAUCGCCUUAUAUCACCCAUUCCGGUUAGUGCUGGCCGCUCUGUAGCCACUCCUAUGCAACGUCCGCGAAGUGGUAGCGCUAGUCGACACAGUUCCUCAGCAGCUCUUAUUCCAAAUUCACUUUCUAAUAGCGCUACUCGACGCAUUAAUACACCGUUGGCAGGUGGCAGCCGUUCUGCUGCUGAAUCUUCUAUGCAAAAUCCGAUUGACGCUGGUACUAGCCGACAACUUCAUCCCUAUCGCCGAUCCCCUGAACGCAUAGUCACUAUUCCUGUUUUGAAUAACAGUCGCCGAGAUGAUGCUGUAUUGAGAGCCAUGUUCGAAAUGAACAAAAAUUUCAACAGCCUUAAUAGAAAAGUAGAUCAAAUUUGUGGGCGGAUAGAUACACAUCGUCCGAGAGAAGAAUACGAUCCAAUGGAGGAACUGCCAGUGAAAACAUUGGAAGAAUUUUUAUCGUUUGAGAACCUGUUAUUGGUUGAUGAAAGAUAACGUGCAUCAUUGGUCCGUUUUGUAAGAAACAUUGGUGGCGCAACAGAGGGAGAUAGCGUCAGCAGAGCAUGGAAGGAGGUCGUUUCGGUGGAAGUAAGAGCCCAAUGUAACUGGAAUGGAGUUAGAAGGGGCCGCAUUAAAAAACACAAAUUGAAUAAAUCCCCGAUAGUCUUGGCUGUGUGGAAUAUACUUAGACAAAAUCCAGCUUGCAGCAACUCCACUGAUGCUGCCUUGCAGUUUGAGACAGUAAAAGCUUUUGUAAGAGCUGCGGAAGCGGCCAGGAGAAUCGCAGCAAGAGCAAUCUUACUUGCUGAGCGAGAGGCAGAUCAUAAUGAUGAACACAAUGCGGAAGAAAAUAUAUAAAAUGAUUAACACGUUUUCCUAAAUGUUGUCAUGGACAUUUAAAAAAUACAAUGCUUCUUUCAUCAUAA